AUGGCCACCUUCUCCCCACUCCCAACCUACCUCAUCGGCACCCUCUGCCUAACCCUUGGCGUAAACGGUCUUUUCCGUCCAGAGGCAGAGUAUCCGCGCUUCGGUCUCCCGCUCGAACCACCACCGGCUUUGACCACUACCACGACGACGAGGAGUGGCACCUCAAACCGCAGUACCAGUCUAAGUGGCCCUCCAAGUCCGACUGCAACCAGCACGGGAACAGUAUCCCCGCUUAUUUACCUGAAAUCCAUCCGCGAGAUCACGUACGGUCUCGCGCUGCUCGCGCUGCAGUACCAGGGCGAGGAACGGGCGAUCACGACGCUUGCGGCGGUCAUUUCGCUAGCAGGGUUGGGGGACGGGUUUGUUGUUUGGGCGUUUGGUGGUGAGAGGAGGGGGACGGCGCUGAAUCAUUGGGGGACGUUUGUUGGGCUUUUGGGGUGGGCCGCUUGGAGGGGGGGUUUUGUUUAG